GUGCCGCCCGUCCGCUGGCUCUCGGCCCUUCGGCUUUUCCCGAAGCUACUCCUAUGUCGCCCGGGUGCCCGACCGGACCGCCAUCAUGUUGUUCAAGGAGUGUUGAGUGUUGACUGUUAUUUUUUCGUGUAAUUUCUAAAGGCAAUAAUGUCGUCUAUCUUUAAAAGUCAUGAGGGAUUCUGCCCCGAUUGUGGUUCAGUGUUACCCUUACUUCAAGGAAUUGGUGGUGUGACGUGUUACACUUGUAAACAUGUAUUCAGCCCUGAAGUAUUUGGAAAAAUGGAAUCUACUUAUACUAUCCAAUUUAACACGAGACCAACAGCAGAUUCUUACUCGAAGAAGAAGAAGAAAAAGUCAUUUUCAAGUGAGGAACCUGAAGGCCCGGUUGUGGAGAGACGAUGCCCAGCUUGCAAAAAUGAAACUAUGUCCUAUGCCACAUUGCAAUUGCGUUCAGCAGAUGAAGGACAAACUGUCUUCUAUACAUGCACAAAGUGCAAGUACAAAGAGACUGAAAAUUCAUGAAAAUGUUUAUCCUAUUUUGUAUUUAAUAAUGUCUUUUUUCCUUUUUUUAAAUCAUUGUGAAUUAUAUUUUACAACCACUA